GUGAGUGAUAGGGAGUGCCUCUCUGCGCCUCUGCCCAUGGGGAGCUGGGGGCUGAUGGGAGGACCAGUGCACAGUGCAGUAGUGAGUAGAGUGCAGUGAAGUGAAUCUCGAGCAGUUCUCAUCAGCAGCUUUAAACAUUAACAAAGCCAAAAGCCUGGCGCGACAUUCAUUCUCUCUCUCUCUCUCUCUCUCUCUCUCUCUCUCUCUCUCUCGAAUAGUAUAUUCUUCAGUUUUCUCAAACACCCUCGAAUCUUGAUCCAAUGAAGAAAUGUGAUGAUGGUGCGCUUUGGUGAAUGAUCUUUUCUACUCAUCUCCUGUGUUUUUCUGGUCCUGUAUCGUUUUGUUCUGAUUGCUUGUUUGAAAAGGGCGGACUGGAUGGAAGAACUGAUCUGAAGUGUCUGCUGUGAAGGGAGAGGACAUGAGCAGAUGUGAAAGGGAGCACACUGACAGCUUCCAGGUCUCCGGAUGUGAUAUCGUUCGAGCGUCUCGUGGAUGCUGAGUGUGAUAUUUAUCAGUAGGAUCGGUUUUUAUUGGAGCCAAGCGCGUAAGUGAAGUGCAAAUGAUGGAAGUUUAGUGCUGCAGCAUUACUUCGUUUUUACUCCAGUCGUAAGCGAGAGGGAAGUUUUUUUUUUGUUGUGCUCGGUGUGAACUGAUUUUUGAGGUGAACUGUAGCAUGGCUAUAAACACCGACAGUGAGUUUGAGAAGUCUGGUCUGGCUGAGAGCGCCAGGGUUCAGCAAGAAACGGAGAAGCUGCUGUUUGACGGCGGGGCAGGAAACGGGCUCAGCAUGUCCGCCACUGGGACCCUCACAGUGGAUGUAGAGAAAGGAGGCGAGGGCGAGAAGAAUGGCCACGGUGGACCACAGAGAUCAGGCUCGGUGGUGCAGCUCGCCUCGGCACCCCUGUCCUCCCCUAGACCGAGUCUGAGCCGCACCUCAUCCACCGGCAACGCUGUCCAGGAGCAGCCCAAACCCAAAGACUAUCUACUGCUGGUCAUCUUGUCCUGCUUCUGUCCCGUGUGGCCCGUCAGCAUCGUAGCGCUCGUAUACUCCGUUAUGUCCAGAAACAGCCUACAGCAGGGGGAUAUCGAUGGAGCAAGACGUCUGGGUCGCUUGGCCCGGCUACUCAGCAUUGUGGCUAUCAUCUUGGGCCUGGUCGCCAUUAUUGUCUACGUUGUGGUGUCAGUGAGCUAAAGAAUGGGAACAUCCAGCUGACAAAAACAACUACAGCAAAAAAAUCUCUACUGUGUAAUUAGAAAAAAUUAAAUGAGAUUUCUUAUAAAACGACACACAAAACAUAAAAAGUGAAAAAUGUAAAAGGAGUGUAGCAAAAUUAAGAUCUAUUUACAGGGAAAUGACAUGCAUGCUUCAAGUUAAUGUGUGCUUGAUAAAAAAGAAAAAAAAAAAAAAGAAAGAAAAUUAUAGAAAUGAACAGUGAGUGCUUAUUGCACACGAAAACACUGUUCUUCUGAGGUACCGCUUGAAGACGAUGCCAAGGAUAAGAGCAGAACUCUUCAGCAAGAAUGGGACUCUGAGCUGCAAGCUGCGUCAUAACCGUAUAUUACUCCUAAAAUAUCCAGAUGCACAGAUGUAUUUGCAAUAUAACUCUUCGCAUAUAUUUUAUGUAAAGAUUUGUAAGACAAGAUAAAAUGAACUUUUAGGGAAACAGGAGAGUCAUGUGACAUGUGACCUUACGUACAGGUAACCUGGUCAAAAGAACACUGACAUGAUUUUGAAUGGGAGAAGGAGUUUUUCUUUUAGGUUUUAUUAUAUUAAUUUUGUAAUCAUUUAUAUUAUGAAGAUGACCAUGUGCAUGUGUGAAACCAAACAUCAUCACCUCCUUGUAGAAAGACUAUCGUUUCUAUCUGGGCAUUCAAAGUGGAUUGCACACACAACAUGCCCCAGGGCUGAUCGUGGCACGGAUGAACUGAUUUUCUUUGCCUUGCUGUUGGAAGCAGUCUGAGUACUGGGCACUGAAACGCAUGUUUGAAUCCCCUCCUGAUCUGAGCUACCUGCUGAAGCAUGGACAAACGUCUAGAGGCAUGAAGAGGGCAGGACCUCUUUCCCGUGCCCUGUGCCAAAGCCCUCAGAGCUGAACUUCACAAUCACUGAAACCACUAGUGCAGAAUGCCAGUCUAGCUCUCUUGGACUUCUAACUUGUAUAUGUAUACUAUAUAAUCCAUAUACUUAUCCAAAAUAUAUUUAGGCAUGCUGUAUACAGACAGUACAUCUGUUUGCUAUUCUCUCUCUCACACACACACACCAAAAAAUAGCGCAGUCUUACAAAUUAAGUUGUUUCGUUGAGAAGGCACAAAUUACAGUAUUUACUGCAUCUCUGCACAGUUAACCUAGUGACAAACAAAAUAAAUUUAUAAUUCAAAACAUACCGAUUUGGCUAUUUCCUAAUAAAUUAAUUCAUUCUGUUCUUCCUGAAAUAAGUAUUUUACUGCCCCAUUCACUGAUUUCCAAGCACUUUAUUACCUGAGCCUUUUCAGGAUUUUUACUCCAGAUUCAUGAUUCUCUUCCAGUUGAUUAAAACAUUUCUGUAUUUUUUGUCUUUGAUAUAUUGACUUGGUUUUUUUUGUACAGGUAGAGACUGUUAGCAUCUAAAAACCACCCAGAAUCGCUAUAUCACUGGAUUCUGUAUACCGUUUUACCUCAUCCACUGCUUUUCUUUCCAUACCGUGUGUGUGCACGCGUGAGAGUGUGAGUGUGUGUGUGUGUGUGUGUUGAAACGUGUGAGAAUAUAAGAGGUAGAACUGCUAAGCUUUACUCUAAAAAUUUAACAUUUAAACAAAUACAGCCCACAUAUUAAUAUCUGUUUGAUACAUCAGGUUCUUACUGUACAUUAAAGUGCAGUGCCAAUAUUGAUGAGAUGCACAAGUGCUGCUAUGUGUCUAAAACUGUGAUUAUUAUUUAAUUUCUUUCCUUUUUCCUACUUUAAAUAUUUAUGGAACCUUUGGUUCACUGAAUUAUGGAUUUUUAUUUCAUAGGUUUAAUGUGUACUUCUGCAUGGGUGGAAUAAAUGUUAACAUGCAUGGUCUA